GUCGUUAAUCGAUCGUCGGAGUGUGAGAGAGGAGUCGGACAUUUUGGCAUCGAGCGAGUAAAACUUUAUUUUAACCUUAAACUUUAUCUCAUGAUGUCAGGUUUAAACUCAGGUUCGGUUAUUCUGUGAAAAUACCAACAGAAUCAGACUUUUAUCACCAUUAAAGUGUCGGAUCAUCUGACCUUGAGAACACAGACAUGCCCGCUGUGACUGUGUCACUCUGCUCCACGUUGCUGUUUGUAGGAGUCUUCCUGUUUGUCUCUGCAGAUCAGACAAACAUCACAGCUGAGUCUGGACAGGACGUCACUCUGACAUGUCGAGCUCCAAACAACAACAUUGCAAAGUGGAGCAGAGCUGACCUGGAGCCAGAAUAUGUCUUUUUGUACCGGGAUGGGCGUUUUGAUCCAGCCAACCAGCAUCCAUCUUUUAAGAACCGGGUGGAUCUGCAGGACAGACAGAUGAAGGAUGGAGACGUGUCUUUGAUUCUGAAGAAUGUAACUACUACUGAUUAUGGAACUUACGGGUGCGGUCUUUUCAUUGAAGAAACACGCUCAUGGGAUCACCGCACAAUCCACCUUCAUGUUGUUCCUACAGGUCAGCCAAGAGGACAGAGAGGAUCGAGGGAACACAGAUGCAGUGAAAAAGGAUGGAUCUGACGGACUGAUUGUUGGUUUGUCCGUUUGUGCUGUGCUUCUUGUUGCUGCUGUUUUUGUUUUUCUGAUCUACAGAAAACAGUCUUGAGAUUCAAAUGAGCGUCCUGCUGAGAUUGCAAUACCUCUUCAAACUUAAGAUCAUCUCUCAUGAAAAUAAGAUUGUAUUAUAUUGUUGUGGUGGGAUGUGCUCAGGUGGGCCAUGGCAGGGGAGGCAGAUGCACCUGAGCGGCUUACAGUCUGAAUUGUCUGUGUUGUUGUUGUUGGGGAAGUAUUCAGCUGUAAGCUGGAAAACUAAAGCUCUGUGUUUGUGUGAAAAGUGACAGCAACCAAGAGUAAUGAAUGAAUGCUGAAAAGCAUUAAUUCGUCGACAGGUCAGCCAAGGGAUGAGCUGGCCCAAAUUAUGGGCAUGUUGAGGGAGCAGGACGAGACUGAGUGCCACACUCAGACAAUCGAGCGGCUGGCAGCUCAGAUCGGUUCCUGGCCGGUGCUGCCACCUGCAACCCUUGACCGCAGAGGGAGUUGCAGAAGGCAGAGUGGCAAGAAGAAAGCCAUUGUUAAAAGAAAACCAUAAGAAGUCCCGUUUGCAGUUUGCCACAAGCCAUGUGGGGGACACAGCAAACAUGUGGAAGAAGGUGC